AUGGCUAACUGGGGAUAUUUGCAUGGUUACUCCACCUUAGAAAAUGACUAUGUUCCCUUAACCAUUAUCUUCAUCUUUCUUACUACGUUCCUUUCCAUCUUUCUUCUCAAAUUCAAGUCAAAAUUCCAUAGAAACAGUGAGCAAAGGCCACUCCCACCAGGCCCAACUCCAUGGCCUAUAGUCGGUAACCUCCCGGAAUUGUGGAGGAACAAGCCAACAUUCCGGUGGAUACAUGGCCUUAUGAAAGAACUCAACACGGAAAUCGCUUGUCUCUGUCUGGCAGGUGUUCAUGUUAUCCCAGUGACCUCACCGGAAAUUGCCAGGGAGUUCUUGAAACAAUGCGAUUCAAUGUUCGCAUCAAGACCUCUUACAAUGGCGACUGAGUAUUCUAGUCGUGGAUUCAAGACGAUAGCUCUUGUACCAUGGACAGAUCAAUGGAAGAAGAUGAGAAAGGUGGUGGCUUCCAAUAUAAUCAACUCCAAAACACUUCACUGGCUACUUAAUAAAAGGACAGAAGAAGCUGACAAUCUUGUUCGGUUCGUUCGUAACCAAUCCGAGAAAAGCAACUGUGUUGUGAACGUGAGGCUUGCCAUACAACAAUAUUGUGGAAACGCAAUAAGGAAGAUGGUGUUCAACAAACGAUACUUUGGAAAAGGAAGUAAUGAUGGAGGGCCUGGAGUUGAAGAAGUAGAAUAUAUUGAAUCACUAUGGAGCUUACUCAAUCAUAUUUAUGCAUUUGCUUUGUCAGAUUACAUCCCAUGCUUACGAGCGCUAGACUUAGAUGGUCAUGAGAAGAUAGUGAGUGAGGCUAUGGGAAUUGUUAGCAGCUAUGAAGAACCGAUCAUCGAUGAGAGAGUCGAGCAGUGGAGAGAUGGGAAGAAGAAGGAGGCUGAGGACUUGCUUGACGCUUUCAUUUUGGCAAAGAAUUCGAAUGGGGAACCAGCUCUAUCAGUAGAAGAGAUCAAAGCUCAAAUCACGGAAUUAAUGCUUGCAUCAGUGGAUAACCCGGCCAAUAACGUAGAGUGGGUGCUAUCAGAAAUGCUGAACCAACCGGAGGGCCUCCAGAAAGCGGUAGAUGAAAUUGAUAGGGUGGUUGGAAAAGAGAGAUGGGUUCAAGAAUAUGAUAUUCCAGAGCUCAAUUAUGUUAAGGCUUGUGCAAGGGAAGGCUAUCGUCUUCACCCAGUUGCACCAUUUAACGUACCCCAUGUCUCAAUGCAAGACAUGACUGUCGCCGGCUAUUUCAUACCAAAAGGAAGCCAUGUCCUUUUAAGCCGAUAUGGGCUUGGCCGCAAUCCUCGGGUUUGGGAGGAACCAUUGAAGUUCAAACCAGAGCGUCACCUAAUCAAGAAGGAUGAAUCAUCAGCAAAUCUCAAGGAGGUCAAUCUUACAGAAAAUGAGCUGCGCUUCAUUUCGUUCAGUACUGGAAGGCGGGGUUGCAUGGGCGUUCAACUUGGGACGUCCAUGAAUGUGAUGCUUUUGGCAAGGCUUCUUCAAGGGUUUUCAUGGAGUUUCCCACCGAACAUGGAGGAGAUUGACCUCUCUGAGUCUAUAAAUGACCUUCUCAAGGCCAAACCCUUGCAUGCCUGCGCAAAGCCACGUUUGGCUCCUAAACUAUACCCCGCUUAA